GUAGGAAGAAUUUUUAAAAUAAAUCCCAUAGAGAUUUAAGCUAAACUGAAUCUCUUCUGUUUUACCAACUAAACCACAUUUCCUCUUCCAUGAAGCCUGAAACCCACUAAUUCCACGUCCUUUUCUUCCUCUGCUACGCACCAUGUCAUCAGAGGUUUCAUCUCUCAGUGAAAAGCUCUCCAACCAUACCUCUUUUCUGGGUCUUCCAUUAUGGAUCUUGAUCCUUGCUUUCCUGUCUUCCUUCCUUCUUUUAUCUUUCUCCAUUGUCUCUUGUUAUGUCGUAUGCUAUCGACGUACAAAAUCCAGCAGAACCCCCUUUUGCCUACCCAACCCCAUUGCUCCCACCAAUUAUCGAACCGCUUACUGCUCUUCCUCACUCAAUAGGAGUCUCCUUCCGCUUAGCAUUUCGGAGAUAGAGAUUAACACGUCCACCCAGCCUGAGCUUCAGGUGAUGUUUCCCGACCAGUGGUCUACUCGCGCCAAUUAUCUAGCUGAUAUAGAGCACUUUCCUAACUUCUCCCAUGGAGUUCCCGACACCUGGACGAGUAAUCGCUUCAGUUUGAGGGAUGUUGACGUUUUCACAAAUGGUUUCGCCUAUGAUAAUUUAAUUGGAAAUGGUUAUUAUGGUGUUGUCUACCGUGGGGUUCUUUUAGACGGUACAACAGUGGCAGUGAAGAGGCUACCCACUAACAGUUGCCAAACGGAGGGGUUCGUAACAGAGGCCGAGGCAAUCGGGCAUGUCCGACACAAGAAUCUAGUCAAGCUCCUAGGAUACUGCAUGGAACAAGGUUACAGGAUGCUUGUAUAUGAAUAUGUUAAUAACAGUAAUCUCCAUCAAUGGCUUCAUGGUCCUCUAGGACAAGAGAGUCCUCUUACCUGGACCGCUCGUAUGAACAUUAUCCAUGGGAUAGCAAAAGGAUUGGCUUACCUGCAUGAAGAUAUUGAACCACAUAUUGUCCAUCAAAACUUAAAGGCAAACAAUAUACUACUUGAUCACCUAUGGAAUCCUAAGAUCUCUGAUGCUGCACUUUCUAGGCUGCUGGGUCCAGACCACACCCAUGGAACCACUCCUUCAUUGGUGAAGCUAGGUUAUGCUGCUGAAGAACACGGUUCCACCAGCCGCUGGGAUAAGAAGAGUGAUGUGUAUAGCUUUGGAAUACUUGUGAUGGAGCUUGUAUCAGGGAGGAUGCCUGUUGAUCAUCAUCAUCAACCCCAAAUUUACUUGAUUGACUGGUUAAAGUCCAUGGUUGCAAACAAGAAAAUUGCAGAUGUAGUUGAUCCUAAGAUGCCAGAAAUUCCUUCUGUAAAGGAACUCAAACGGAUUACCUUGAUCGCAUUUCGAUGCGUGGAUCCGGAUUUAGACCAUAGGCCAAAAAUGGGAGAAGUGAUUCAUAUGCUUGAGCCACGUGACUUAUUGCUAAAUGAUGAACGGCGCAUCAGACGAGAGGCUUCGCUAAGAAAUCAUGCAAAGGGUAGCCGGGUGGACGUCUGAUGCUUCUCAUGUGUAACACUUGUAAUAAUAUACCACUGAAAAUCUAGUACGAGGAACUCCAAAAUCUCUUCACAGAUUUUUCAUACCAUCAUGUUUAACUUCCUCCCUAUUACAUUCCUUCUUUUGGGUUGAAGUUUCCUUCCCAAGGUUUUCCUUCUAAUGAAUCAUGUAAAGAAUCCAAUUUAAGUCGUGGAGAGCUUAAAGAACAUGCAUCUCAAUAUGGGGUUUCAAGUUCAAUACUAAUUAUAAUAGAACAUAAAAAAAAUGUGAAUUAUUAGUAUUAUCAGAACUGGCCGAUGCUGGCUUCUCAAGUAAAUACAAAUUUUACAACAAUGCUAGUAAUCAAAUGUGUAAAUACAAUCUCCAAUUCACGUAUUUUUAAAUGGAAAAAUUUGGGUUCCAGUUUUAACGUACAAAUAUCCCAUGCGUAUACCUUAAUUUUCACGCCAAGCAAAGCUUCUCAAUGUCUUCAAU